AUCAGCAAGCGAUCCAGUGUUGCUUGGGUUUGGGGAGCCAAGAUGAGCUGAAGGCUUCUCCUCCUCUGUGUCGAUGGAGGAGGGGGGCAUUGGGGGAGGGGUAGCUGAACGCUGAGCACAGAUGCAGUGGGUGGUGGAUCAGGGAGGCUCAGUGACCACUCUGGACAACCUCAUUCUGACAACACUGCUGUUCACAUAAACACAGGAAGUCUAGAGAGAGAGAGAGAGAGCGCGAGUGAGAGAGAGGGGGAGCGCACGGGGAAGAUCGACUUCUUGCCAUACUUCUUUUUUUGGUUGUUUCUUUUCACUUUGCUCUGCGUGGGACAACUAGGUGAGGCCGAGAUGGACUGGCGCCCCCGCUGUGGACGGGCUCCUCGGCAGCAAAGUCGCGUGUGACGCUGGGUUCGAGAGGAGAGACGAGCACGGUUCCUGCAGCUCGGGCGAGUUCCAGGAUGUUGAAAGCGACUGCUAUCGCUCAGGAAAUGAGACCAUCAGCUGGGGCCGGUCAGGAGCCACGCUCUCCCACUAGACCACGGAUGAUGGCCACCUCACCCCGUUCCCCGACCAGGUUCAAGCUUCCGCACACAAACCCCAGGACAACCUCCAAUGGCAGUGCCGUUCACUUUAUCCCUCUGAACCGAGUGUCCUCCUUCACUCCAGCCCCUGCGCCAACCCCAAAGCCUUGCUGCCCCAAGGAUCUUAUUCCUCCAUCUUCUCCAGCACCCAAAUUACCUUGCACGCCCCCCUCUUCCCCCCCCAUGGACCUCAUUCCCCCAUCCCCCCCAAGUUCCUUGUCCCCAGAACCAUCUUCCCCACCUGGCAUAAGCAUUUUGGAGAGGCUCAUCAAGACUUGCCCAGUAUGGCUGCAGCUGGGCAUGUCCCCAGAGCGUGCGGCACUCAUCCUGUACAGAGAGACCCCUGGGAUCUUCCUUGUGAGGAAGAAUCCAGUCCUGAAGAAGAUGAUCCUAUCAGUGCGAUUCUGUGACCAGGAGGGGGAGCCACAGGUCCAGGAUCUUCUCAUCAGGGAGGAGAAGUCGUUGGUGUACUUGGAGGGCUCAGUCCUCGUAUUUGACGACAUUUUCAAGCUCAUUGCCUUCUACUGUGUCAGUCGAGAUAUUCUUCCAUUCAAGCUGAGGCUGCCGCAGGUCAUCAUCCAAGCAACAAAACACGAGGAUAUGGAGAUGAUGUCAAGUUUGGGAUCAGAGUUCUGGGGAUCAUCGCUCAACAGGUGUGCAGAGGACAGGAAGUCGUGCAGUGAGCCAGCAGGCCAGGUCCCCCAGGCUGUAGCUCACAGCAGUCGAGACCUGAGUGAAACGGAGCCAUCUGCUGGAGGUGACCGGCUGUGGUACGUCAAUCCCAUAUUUAUCGAAGAACACUGCAGCAGCCUGCCCAUUGUCAGGAGCCAGAGCCUGACCACACCAGGCCCAGCUGUGCUGAGGUACAAGAGACCUGCCCCUCUUCCUCCCCGCCCUCAUGCCUUAGAGGAGCACCCACUUCUAGCCAUUGUUCCUCAGUGUGCCCCCAGCCAAGUAGAGAAGAAAGAGGAGAAAGAAGGCAGCAGAGGGGAAGCCAGCACGCCAGAGGAGCUGUUGCCAUGCAGUCCACAUACCGCAACGUCACAGCCAUCAGGUCAACGUCGCAUUCCCCCUGUCCCACCACGCCGAAAGCCAUCUGAGAAGCAACUGCUGGAGGAGCAGGAGGAGGAGGAGGAGGAGGAGAAUGUCUUGCUGAAGGAGGAUGAGAAGCCCGCCUUGGUGCCCGUUGCCACCUUGGUCUCCAUUGACGAUGCCAGCACAACAGAGACCUUGUCUACUGGAGACAAGGUCCCUACUCUGACCACAUCAGUCCCCCUGGCCAGGCUGACCAGUGAUUCAGAGAGCACUGUUGCCCCUACUGCAGGAAAAGCAGCAAAACCUGUUCCCCCACCUCGUCGAAAGAGGCAGACCUUGCUGACCAAAAUGGUGUUGACAUCACCGGUGAGUGGAGACCCAUCCUCAAACCUGGCCAUCCUGGAAGGCAUUAGAGGUCCCCCUCAGACCUCCAGCACCCCUACCCCAACACGACGUUCUGCCUCAGGCACGGACCUUCAGGGCUCUGACAUGUCCCUGUACUCCCCUGAGGGCGGACCGUCCCAGCUCGACCCAGACUCCUACUCAACCAGCAGCACCGAGGAGGAUCCCGAUCCGAAUAGCAGCAACAUGGCCACAAUAAAAAGAAGCUCCACCAUCAUGCUGGACAAGGCCAAGCAGAGGCUGUCUAUGGUUAACCUGUCACACAUCUUCACCAGCUUCAUGAGUGCAGACAAGAAGUUGAAGAAGCGCAUCGUGGAGCUGGCCCUGGACCGGGAGUCUUACUUUGGAAACCUGGUGCGGGACUAUCGUACCUACACCCUAGAGACUAUGCAGAAGCACAGCUCCAGCACAGAGAUGCUACAGGAGAUCCGGCUGAUGAUGACCCAGCUAAAGAGCUACUUGAUCCAGAGUGCUGAGCUGAAGAGCCUGCUAGAGCCUCUAGUCCCCCCUGAGGAGAGGCUGGAGGCCAUCAUCGAGGCAGCGCUUUGCAAGAGUGUGCUGAAGCCCCUGCGCGAGGCCAUCUACUCGCGUCUGCGUGACAUCCAUACACAGGAUGGUUCGCUGGAUCGUGUCCGGGACAACCAGCAGGUGGUGCUCAACACCACCACCACAGAUCUGGGUGUUACCACCAGCGUACCCGAGGCACCCGCCAUGGAGAAGAUCCAGCUAAAGCUGAGUUCCCUGUACAAGGAGUACUCCCCUGAGCAGAAGAUCUCCUUUCUGCUCAAGACCUGCAAGAUCAUCUACGAGUCCAUGUCUGUUAGCAGCCCAGGGAAGCCCUACGGUGCGGAUGACUUCCUGCCUGUGCUCAUGUAUGUUCUGGCGCGCUGCAAUAUGGCCACUCUGCUUCUGGACGUGGAGUACAUGAUGGAGCUCAUGGAUCCAGCGCUGCAGCUGGGAGAAGGCUCAUACUAUUUGACGACUACCUAUGGAGCGCUGGAGCACAUUAAGAAUUAUGACAAGCUGGAGGUCACCGGGCAGUUCAGCAUUGAGAUCCAGGACUCGAUUCACCGCUGGGAGAGGCGGCGCACCCUCAACAAAGCCAGAGUGUCCCGCAAUUCCGUGCAGGACUUCAUUAAUGUGUCCUUCCUGGAGGCAGGCUCUAACACCAAGACCUUGGGUGCCCGCCCGGGCACGACAGCCCUUGACCUCUGCACCCAGUGUGCAAAGAAGUUUGAGGUUCUGGAGCCAGAGUGCUAUGGGUUGUUUGUGCUGGUGGAGGGAUGCUACCGGGCUCUGGCCCCUGAUGAGCUGCCUUUGUCUGUGAAGUCCAGCUUACACCACAGUGAACCCCGCAAGGAGUACUACUUUGUUUACCGACCGGGGGGCAUGGGGAAGGAGGCUGUGCCUCCUAAACCAGACACCCCCCCAGACAGCUUGAUCUGAUGAACAAGGCUGAGAUCCACCAUGGGUUUAUAAGGUGCUUGUUUCUGCUUUCACAAAAAAUGUUUUUGCAACAGAAUGAAAAAUUCUUUUGUUUGAACACCACUGAGGUUCAGUUCAGUUCACUUUAUUUUUGUGUCGUGCUCUUCACUGGAGUGGCAGAGCACUGAACAGUGUUCCAGAAGACACUGUAAAGAGUUCCAGAUGAAGCAACAUUUUUGGUUAGAUGGGUAAGAUAUAGUAAGUGAUUAGAUAAGGCAACUGACACGUGAGGAGAGGAAAACAAAAAAAACUCAGAAUUAAGAAAGGAGAGAAAUAAACCUCUUGGGUCCAAAUAUCAGUGACUGCCCACUCCUCCUGGACAUUCUAUGUAGUGACAUGGGACCUGUGUAGAUAUAUUAAACCAAAGGGGAAAAGCAUGGGUGUCCCAGGAUGCAAUGUCACACCUCAGGAAGAAAGAGAUAUAUAUGAGAGGGGGAGAGAAGAAAAAAAAAAGAAACUCAUGAGUAUAUCAGCUGGCAUACAGAAACAGAAAGAGGAGGUCAAAACAAGUGGGUUUUCAGUCUAGGUUUAAAGGCCACAGUAGAAGGUGUGCUUUACUGCAGUAGUAACUUUCACUGGUGUUAGGGGAAUGAUGGCUGAAUGCUUUGCCACCCACAGUUUUCGUGCAGAUCUCCGGGACCACAACAGACUGGCCUCCUAUGAAUGCAGAGAAUGACGUGGCUCAUAGUUACUACAUCAGUGAUGUAGGUUGGCGCAAGACCUUUGAGCUCCUUGCAGGUUGAAAAGAGUAUCCUGAAGCCACAUCUACAGUAUAUGUCAGGUAGUCAGUGAAGGGAUCCAAGAACUGGGCUGAUGUGGCAAAGUUUCUUGAAACCUGUGACAUUUCUGGCUGCUGGAGGUGGAGGGAACACAAAACACGGGUUAGACGGAGGAGAGGACAUAGUAGGAGCAGCCAAGCAAUAAGGAGUUGCAGUAGUCCAGCCCACUGGAUACGAAGGCAUGAACUAAGCUUCUCAGUGUCCGACCCUAAAAUGACACUGAAAUUCCUUGCAGAUGAUGUAUAACAAUUUUUCACAUUUUGCAAAUCUUUGCGCUGAGCCACCCUAUGUGGACUGAAGGAGAAGCAAUAACUUUUUAUUUUUUCUUGCCAAUCUGUAACACUGCUAGACAGGAGAUACCCAGACUCUCAUUCCACUGAAAUACAUAUGGCCAAUCAUUUUGUCUUGGGUGAAUAGCCUUUGUUUUCCGCAGCUUUCCAUUAAUGACAAACCAGCAUGGUUGGUGCACACAGCCUUCCACUUCCAAACUCCCUUCCUGCCACUACUGUAUGUAUAUUACCUGGCAUUUUUGCUCCCGCAAUGAGAUCGCUGAACUGCCAGUUGUUUGGAAAUUCUUCUGUAGGUGCCAUAAAAUCCAGAAAGUAAACGAGUUUUCAUACAGAAUACAUAUCAUUCUGACACCACUUUCCCUUCUGGUAUGAGCAUAUUCACAUUUGGAAUACGGUUAGUGCCUUUUCGAACAGAACUGCAACUAAUCUGCCCCUUCACCUUGUAGAGGCAAUGCUACUGCUAUAAUUACUUUCCUGAAUUAAAACACAAUAUCAAGUUCUAUACCUUCAACUGGCAGAAAAAUUACUCGGUGGAAAAAAAUUUGUGAUGACUGAAAUGGAAGAAGAGCUCUCUGCCAUCCAGGACUGUAAAAGAAAUGUAUGUUUUUAUUUAUAUAU